GCGACGGACGGCACGCUGAGCCUCGACCCCGGCGGCGCGUUGCCGGAGGGCGCGGACGCGCCGGGCACGCUCCGCCGCUUCCGGCCCGGCUCGCGCUCGCCCGCGACGGAGCGGCUCACGCACCCGCUCCUCGCGGCCUGCGCGUCCGCCGCCGAGGACCACGGCGUCGCGGCCGCCCGGGCCCUCGGGUCCAACAUGUACACGCGCGCCGCGGAAUCCGGCGCGCGCGCGAACCGGCCGCCCGAGGCCAAGGCCGAAGCGAAGCGCGGCCCCGACGCCAAGGGCGGCGGCGGCGCGGCGUCGCCGGGCCGCCGCGAGUCGACGGCGCGCGCCGAGCUCACGCUCCUCGCGGGCCUCGUCAGCGACGACAAGGCCGAAAGCGGAAACACGUUCCGCCUCGCGCUCUUCGACGGCGACGACGACGACGCCGCGCCGCCGCCGGGGCCGGACGGCUUCGUCGACGCCAUGAUCACCCUCGACGGCAACGCCCAGCGCAAGUCCGCGGCCCAGCGCAUGGACGAGCUCGGCCUCGACGACAAGGACGACAAGCAAAGCGCCGGCGCGAAGCUCGACCUCGACGACGGCGACGACCUCCUCGACCUCAUGGACUCGGCCAAGUGA